AUGGCUACAGCCGCUACUUCAACCCCCAACCCCGAGCCCGCCACCAACCCCAACACCAGCACCACCUACAACAACGCCGAGGACGCGGAGCCGCAAGACUCGUCCUUCUUCUCGUCCGUGUACACCGCGGCCCAGCAAGCAGCCAACAAUAUCAUGAACGGCGCCGAAAGGCAGGACAACCACCCCCGACACGACUCUCCCACCACUAUCUCCGACAACGCAAACGUAAACAAAUCUUCUUCCUCCUCCCCAGCAGUCGCCCCGUCGCACUCCAACACAAACACACCGCCCAUCUCGCCGGCCGCCCCCGCAGCAGCCGCCCCCAUCGAAACCCUCGGCCAAGGCGACCUCUCUCUCGCUCAACUCGGACUCUCCCGCUCCCGCGCAAACACCGGCUCGUCGUCCAAACACAAGUCGCCGCUUGCCCAGGGCUCCCACACGUCGGUCAAGUCCACCAAGUCGCCGUCCACACCCAACGGCCGAUCCCGCGCAGCCACCGAAACCAGCGAACACCGUCGCUCGCUCUCGCCCCCACUAGCAAUUCCCGGCCGUAUCAUCGACAAGGUCAAGACCGAACUCGCCGACAUUGAAGACGACCACCUACCCGUCGUCAAACGCCUGAGAUCCCAAAGACUGUCUCGAGGCGGAUCAUCCCGAAAACGAGCAGACUCCGCUAAAGAGCUCGAGCCCACCCCCACCACUGCAACCGUAGCAAACACCGCAGCCACCCCCGAGGACAUCACCCCGGUCACCUCCGCAGCAGCCUCCAUCACCGGCUUCGCAUACGCAUCCAAGAAGCGAAACGAGGAGUUCCACGCACACUUCAAGUCCGUUCCCGAAGACGACUUUCUGCUAGACGACUUUAGCUGCGCAUAUUCCCGAGAGAUCCUGGUCCAGGGUCGUAUGUUUGUGUCUGAACGACAUAUUUGCUUCUUCGCUAACAUUCUCGGCUGGCAGACCCACCACGUCAUUGCCUUUGACGAAAUCGUCUCUCUCGACAAGAAAACCACCGCCGGUCUUUUCCCCAACGGAAUCGUUGUACAGACCCUACACUCCACCUACAUUUACGCCUCCUUCAUUUCGCGAGACGCAACAUUUGCCUUUAUGAACACAAUCUGGAAACAAAACUCUCAGGGCGUCGCUGGCAGCGACGAGUCUGACGGAGACUCUGACGACGGAGAACUCGACUCUGGAAUCUCCGACAACGAAGCCGAAACCGCCGCCACCGGGGCUGCCGUCGUGGCUUCCGCGGAAGCGGGUGCCGACGCCAGCAAGUGGAGCGUCCCCAACCUGGGCCCCGAGACCCACGCGCCUACCUCGCCUGGCUACGAUCCCGAGGCCAAGGGCGAGAAGCUCCUGUGCAAGGAGAUUGUUAAAGCGCCCUUGGGUGUCGUUGCCAAUCUCCUGUUUGGUAAGGAGAACGUGCUUGGUGCCUUCCUCAAGGACAACCAAAAGUGCUGGGACGUUACGCCCAUCAAGUCGUGCGUUGAGUCCAAGAAACGAGAGUACAGCUACGUCAAGCCGCUCAACAACUCCUUGGGUCCCAAGCAGACCAAGUGUCAGUGUGUCGACAAUGUCGAGGCAUGGGACGACACAGGGGCCAUCAAUGUGGUCACCACUACUUCCAACCACGACGUUCCCUCUGGUAACGCUUUCACCACCAAGACCCGAAUCAUCAUGACCUGGGCCGCCAACAACCAGACUCAGGUGAUGAUGUCGUGCUGGUUCGACUGGACCGGCAAGUCGUGGAUCAAGAGUGCCAUUGAGAAGGGUGGAAACGACGGUCAAAUGGCAUUUGCCGCUGAUCUGAUUCCCUAUCUUAACGAGCGGGCCAAGGGCUCUGGCAAGUCGGCCAAGCCUGUUACUGCGACUGCGGUGGCCGUUCCCACCAAGAAGGGCCAUGCCAAGCACAAGAGCCAUCACCACAAGGUGGAAGCCGCGCACGAAGAGGCGUCGUCUUCUUCCGCCCCCCCUCCUCAGACCGGUGGAGCUCUCCACCAGUUUGCCGAGACCUGGAGCCAGAUCCCCAUUCUGGGUUCCCUGCCCCUCCCUAUUGUGGGGGCUGUUUUGGGAGGCAUUUGGGUGUUAUGGUUCAUCAUUGGCCUGUUCCGAGGCCACCACACCACCACGCACAAGUUUGAUUUUGCUGGCCUGUCGGACGCUAAGAAGCUGGAGAUUUUCGUCAUGGAGGAGGAGUACGAGCUGUGGCACUGGAUCGACGAGCGGGUUGGCAAGAGUCAACGAACGCCCGGCCGGUUCUUUGUGCCGUUUGAGGGAGCCAAUCCCAAGAUGGUUGACUUCUCCAAGUCCAAGACCGCCGCUGCCGGCGGAGGCGACAAUGCCGAGGACAUGACGCAGGCCGAUCUCGAGGAGGCCAUUCGUGACUCCGAAGCCAAUCUCCAGCAGCUGCGUGAUAUCAAGGCAAGCAUGUUGUAG